AUGGAGUGGUUCGGGACUGGAAACUCCCCCAUGUUUCCCGAAGAAGAAGAGGGCUGCAGUGCCUCUGCCUCUCCUGUGCCAAGUAGCUUUCACAGCUCCUCACUGAAGGUAUUGUGGGGCUAAAUGCCAAUGUACAUUUACCAAUUGCUUAUUUUCUUGACUGGUAAGCUAGCUAGCUUGGUAGCUACGUCAGUCAUCGAGGAAUAAAAGCAAGCCAACCGGCCAUCUCCCAUGUUAUUUAGCCUGCUACUAGUUAUUCGACAAACCCUUACGCGAUGUUAGAUCUCUAAUAAUAGCUACAGUCAGUAUGUCAUUGGUUAGCUAGCUAACAAGUCAAGCUCAUUACAUAAUGUCAACAAUGGAAACGAGUCUGAGCUAUUGAGUCCGAUUCCUUCAUCUGUAACUUUACUUAGCUAACGACGUUUAAUAACUGAACAUACACUAACGUUACAGUAGCUAGCCGAUUAAACUCAACACGAUUUAGCUAGCUAGCUUGUCAGGUCAUUUUUCAUGGUCCUCAGCAGAACAACCGGCUGUAGACACUGUAAUUGCCAGGUUUGACAUCAGCGAGUUUUCGCCAGUCCUCCUUACCCCACCAAGUGAGUGUCACUGGCUAAUUUACAAUGGGUUUACCGGUAUUACACAGUAAAUUGGGGAAUAGGGCACUAACUAGCUACACCAAAUGUGUUUCUCAGUAGUACUUGCUGUAAUGCUGCUUUAGCCUGUCAAGCAGUAACGGCUUGCUCCGUACUUAGCUUUCCCAACUACUGUGGAUAAGAUAAGCCCCCAUAACUAGUAUAUGCUGUCAUCUCUCUAUUCCCUGAUAGUUAUAUCUGUUAAUGCGGUAUUGAGUUGACAGCUGAAGCUAGUGGGUGGUGUUCAUGUUGUUAUUAUUAGCUUGCAACCUGAGUUUUUACAUGACCAUGUAUAACUAUUGCACACAGUUAGCCAAAACAGAGUUACUGCAAUGCAUCGUCAUCAGGAGGAGCGGGAGGAUAAUGAGAGGCUUUAGGAAUACUGGCCCUGAUUAUUGUAGAUGUAAUAUUCUGCAGCAGAAUGUAACGUAAGACAUUUUUUUCAGAUAUCAGUCGUAAUAAGUUACUGUCUUCUCCUCCUCUGUGACCAUGGAGGUGUAGAGAGCAUGGGGUUCCUGUGCCAGAGACGGCAGCAGAAUGUAAUAUAAAUAUACUUAGAUAUCAGUAGUUUAUAACCUCUUCUCCCCUCUGUUCUGUGACCCCAUGGUGCUGCUGCAGCGUCCCUGUGCCAGAGCCAGCAGCAAUGUGUGAGGGCCUCCUUACAAAGAUAUUAGGAUAUCAGUUGUUCUUAAUAAGUUAAUUAUCUUCUUCUUCCAGGAGGUUGCCGGUGCAGAGUCCAUGGCGUCCCUGUGCCAGAGCCAGCAGCAGUGUGUGAAGGCCUCCAUCGUCUCCAGAUGGCAGCUGAUGGAGGCUCAGGACCAGCUGUGUGGGCUGGAGCUGCACGGCUCCGAGAGCGCAGAGCAGGAGCGCGCCCGCGCUGUCGCCAGCCAAUCAGAGCUCUCGCAGACUGAACAGGAGUGGCGCCGGAAGGAGAGCAUGCUGGGAGGCAGCAGGAGCCCCGUGCUCAGCUCUGACAGCAGCCGGGACAUGUUUGACAAGGUAACUAAGGUCGUGUCUACACUUGACACUUACCUGCGACUUCUGCUAUCAGAAUGCGAAGAUCGCAUUGAAAAGACGGAUCUAGAUGUACAAAAGUCGCUUUGUGGUCUGAUAGUGUUCAGAUCUGGCUGACCACUUCAAGAGGUGGUCAGGGAUGCAUUGUGUGUGGAUUUCUCCUCAGUCUGGACACAAUCAGGCUACCGAAAGCACAUACAGUGGACGACGUCAUCAACACUCCUCCCACAAGUCUCCAGAAAAUGUGUGUUUUGGGACUGAGCGGCACCUUUUCAUUAUAACGUAGAAGGAAAUGCGUUCCUAGCGUGUGAGAAACGUGUUUGCUGGCCUCAUAAAUGCUAGCUAAUAUUUAGAAAAACUAUUUUUUUGUUUGGCUAGAGUUAUGCUAACCUGUUUUCAAUCCCUUUAGCGUUGGUUGCUAGCUAGCUCCAGAGGUUAGCUGGCUAGUUAGCUACAGUAGUUAGCUACUGCCUAUUUCACCGUUUGUAGAAUGCAUACUGGCAUUUGAAUAUAGGCCGGCAAAAGGGAAUCCGGACACACUGUGGACACAUUUAAAUGUAGGUGUAGAUGCAUGACACGUUCGGAAUUCCAUUAUCAGAACUCUAUGAUCAGAAUACUAAAGCUGCAUGAACUGUCAAGUCUAGACACGGCCUUAGAAAAUGUAACGUUAUGACUAUAACUACUGUUCCCUGAAGGAGGGAAACAAGGUACAACAUACUAUGGGGAGUUGCACACUUGCGACUUCUGUUGCAGGAUCUACAAUUCACGCCUGACAAGGCCAAUGAAAUCCACACCUCGCUGGAAGCCCCGCCUACCAUAGGUGAUAAGCGUGAGGCUCUGAUUAAUUAUUUCAAUGUAAUACCUCUCUUCACAGAGCCCAGGAAGGGGCGGCACAGGGCCAAAUAGGUGUUGGGAAUCGUUUCCCUCCUUCAGGGAACAGUAGUUAUAGUCAUAACGUUACGCUUCCUUUCAGUCAGUCAACAGUGAGCUCCAAAAGUAUUGGGACAGUGACAAUUCGGCUGUUUUGGCUCUGUACUCCAGCGCUUUGGAUUUGAAAUGUUACAAUGACUGAGGUUAAAGUGCAGCUUUAAUUUGAGGGUAUUUUCAUCCAUAUCAGGUGAACCGUUUAGAAAUUACAGCACUUUUUGUACAUAGUCCCCCCAUUUUAGGGGACUAAAAGUAUUUGGGCAAAUUCACUUAUGUGUAUUAAAUAGGGCUGCGUGAUAUGGCUAAAAUAUCAUAUCACGGUAUUUUUCACUUUUGACGGUAUUUGAUGUUUUUGAAUAUUAAAAGUUAUACAUUAGCUUUAUGAGUAGUGCGUGACCCUAGGGUGGCAACACAUACAUUCGAAGUGAUUUCAGUGGGUCUUUCUCCAUUCUGAUUGGUUGUAGUUGAAUUGAAGAGUAUAAAACUAAAAUAAUUACCUGCAUUUCCAUCAAUUUCUGCAUUUCCUGGACUCAUUUGAGAAUUUCCACACUGCCACGAAGGUCUGCAAGAUAUGGGCAAAAAAACUUGGCCUUAUUUUUAACCAAAUGUAGCAAUUGUGAUUUGACUUGCGAUUUAGAUCAAAACACUUGGAUGUUGGAAUCAUGGAAAUAUAAUUUUAUUCUAAUUCUAUAGUUAGAAGAUGAAAUAAUAUUGGGCACUUUGAAUACAGUGUUUGACAUGACAACGAACGAAAUUGCCAGGGAGGAGUUGUGACAGGGUAGGGUCCAAAGUGUUGGUCAGUGUUUCCUAGGGAACCCUAUAAUCUUUGGCUACCUUAAAUGUUUCUUAAUGUAGCCAACAUAUUCAUGCUUCGCCUAUUCCUCUUUGAUUUAGAAGAUACUGUAACACAAACAACAUGCUGAUUUUAGGCCUACGCCAUCACUGGUAUCAGGCUGUAUUAGCUAGCUUCAUUUGCGCUAACACAGUACAUUUUUAUUAGCUGCUAACACGAUUUAGCUAAAACUUGCUAAGAAAAUACAAACUAGCUGUUUGCAGAUAUAAUAAACACAAAUAAAUAGUGUAAUUAUAUAAUGCUUGUGGGUUUAUAUUAAGAAGAAAAGUGGAAAACAUCAUUGUCAUCAACAUUGUUACAUGUGCUGCAUUGACCAUGCAGACUGAACGCAAGUGUCUCGUGGUCAGGGUUGCCAGGUAAACGUUUCUAGCUCAAUGACUACUCAAAACCAGCACACAAGGCCUGAAAACUAGCCCAAUGAGUUUUUUUUCGCAGCAAGAGAGGAUUUGCCACAUUUAGCCAAUAAACCCUUUUUCAAUAACAUUAUCGAGUGAAUUAAGGAAUAUUGACUGAACUUCUAACGACCUAAGAAGCAAAAUUUUAGUUUUUCCAUCAAAAUAAUAAUUACUGUGGACUAAAAGGAAUUUGAUGUCGGAAGAGAAGAUGAUUCGCCCUUAUUAAACUUCAAAAAACUAUGUUAGGCUAUUUUCUGGCAAUUGUGCCAGAUGUUAAGACUACAAACCGUUAUAAAUGGCCUAUUUACGAGAUUGACUUGUCAUUUCAACAGGUAUAGGCUAGGCCUACUGGCUAAAAUCUGGGUUUGAUUGUAAUUCAACUUUGCCAUGGUUUGUUUAGCUAGAUGCAGGUAGCUUAUAGCCCCUGAUAGGACUACGUCUCAUUUCAGUAGCCUAGGCAAGAUGUAAGAUGAACGAUUUAGCAGCUUGCUUAGUUCAAAUUGACAGACACAUUUAUUCAACAUGAAUAGCAAGGUGAUUUCGAGGUAAGAAGUGCUUCUGUUGCCCAAAAGCCUGCUGGAAUAGGCUACUGAGGAUGGAGUCGUAAUUUCAAUCACUGAAUCAAAUAUUAAUAAUAUGAACUGAAUAGGCCCAUGCUUGUCAACAACAGCCAGAGUUAGCUGGUUUUACCUGAAGCCUAAUCUGACUGACUGACUGGUACCUUCAAUCUAAUGCAUUCUAUUAAACAGCAGAUCGGUAGUUGCGAUAGAACUGUGACCAUGAUCACAAUUGAUAACUUCCAAUUUCAAAUCAAAUCACAUUUUAUUGGUCACAUGCACCGAAUACAACAGGUGCAGACAUUACAGUGAAAUGCUUACUUACAGCCCUUAACCAACAGUGCAUUUAUUUUUAACAAAAAAAAUAAAACAACAAAAAAAGUGUUGAGAAAAAAAGAGCAGAAGUAAAAUAAAGUGACAGUAGGGAGGCUAUAUAUACAAUAGAAUAAAGUGACAGUAGGGAGGCUAUAUAUACAGGGGGGUACCGUUGCAGAGUCAAUGUGCGGGGGCACCGGCUAGUUGAGGUAGUUGAGGUAAUAUGUACAUGUGGGUAGAGUUAAAGUGACUAUGCAUAAAUAAUUAACAGAGUAGCAGCAGCGUAAAAAGGAUGGGGUGGGGGGGCAGUGCAAAUAGUCCGGGUAGCCAUGAUUAGCUGUUCAGGAGUCUUAUGGCUUGGGGGUAGAAGCUGUUGAGAAGUCUUUUGGACCUAGACUUGGCGCUCCGGUACCGCUUGCCGUGCGGUAGCAGAGAGAACAGUCUGACUAGGGUGGCUGGAGUCUUUGACAAUUUUGAGGGCCUUCCUCUGACACCGCCUGGUAUAGAGGUCCUGGAUGGCAGGAAGCUUGGCCCCAGUGAUGUACUGGGCCGUACGCACUACCCUGGCCACCUGGCCAUUAAUAAUUGCAUAAUAACACAAGGCUACAACAACAAUACAUGGAAGUUAUAAUAUAGCCUAUUUAAUAAAUCUAGUGGUUAAAGUAUUUUUACUUAAGUACUUUACAAGUACUAAAGUAGUUUUUGGGGGGGAUAUCUGUACUUUACUAUUUAUAUUUUUGACAACUUUUACUUCACUACAUUCCCCCCCAAAAGUCUGUUUACUCCAUACAUUUUCCCUGACACCCAAAAGUAUUCGUUACAUUUUGAAUGCUUAGCAGGACAGGAAAAUGGUCCAAUUCAUGCACUUAUCAAUAGAACAUCCCUGGUCAUCCCUACUGCCUCUGAUCUGGUGGACUCACUAAACACAUGCUUCAUUUGUAAAUGAUGUCUGCGUGUUGGAGUUAGCCCCUGGCUAUCCGUAAAUAAAUACAAACUAUAAAAUGGGUCUGUCUGGGUUGAAAUGAUAUAUACUUUUGAUACUUAACUAUGUUUUAGCAAUUACAUUUACUUUUGAUACUUUUAGUAUAUUUCAAACCAAAUACCUUUAGACUUUUACUCAAGUAAUAUUUUUCUUGGUGACUUUUAAUUGAGUAAUUUUCUAUUAAGGUAUCGUAACUUUUACUCAAGUAUGACUAAUGGGUAGCCUACUGUUCCCACCACUGAUUAAAUCUGUUUGCCAGCUCCAGGUUGGCUACACAAGUGGCAAAAAUUUGAUUUCCAGUGAUAUGGUCAUUUCAACAUAUUUAUUGUAUUAAAUGGUAGGCUACAGUAGGCAUAGAAGUUGAUAGGCUAAUCGAUGGCCAACAGAUGCAAAUGUAUCAUUCUCCACAUUUUUUAAUUUCAAAUUUCCACUCUGCAACAGGCUGCAUCACUGCCUGAUAGUCAGCAGCAUCAGGUCACAGUGAAAAUAUAUAUAUAUAUAUAUAUAUAUAUAUAUUUUUUAGGAAAUUGCAUUUUCACCCGCUACAAUGUUUUUCAAAGUAGGCCAACUGGUCAAGCAACAACAAAUGCGCUACUUGAGUGGCAGGGCGGGAGAGGGAGAGAGAACGUUGCACACAACAUAUCACAUUUGAACAAACCAAACAUUAAAAUACAAUUAUAGAAGGUAAAGUAAAAACCCAAACCGGUAUACUGCCCAGCCCUAGUAUUAAAGUAGUCAAAAGUUGGUCCCCUAUUCCUAGCAAGCAAUGAUUACAUCAAGCUUGUGACGAUUUGUUGUGGUUGAAAUUAUUUUGUGCCCAAUGGAAAGGAAUGGUAAAUAAUGUAUUGUGUCACUUCUAAACACUUCUACAUUAAUGUGGAUGCUACCGUGAUUACGGAUAAUCCUGAAUGAAUAAUGAGUGAGAGACUCACAAAUAUCAUACACUCAAGACAUGCUAACCUCUCACCAUUACAAUAACAGGGGAGGUUAGCAUUUUAGGGGGGUAUGAUAUUUUUAGAUUUGAGAUUUUUAGUCAUUUAGCAGACGCUCUUAUCCAGAGCGACUUACAGUUAGUGAGUGCAUACAUUUUCAUACUGGCCCCCCGUGGGAAUCGAACCCACAACCCUGGCGUUGCAAGCGCCAUGCUCUACCAACUGUGCUACAGAGGGCCUCUAACUUCCUCACUCAUCAAUUAUUCAGGAAUAUCAGUAGUCAUGGUAUCAUUUGAAAUCCAAAGUGCUGGAGUACAGAGCCAAAACACAAAUUGUCACUGUCCCAAUACUUUUGGAGCUCACUAUAAUCACGCCCCAAGCCAACCCCAAUGGAUACUAAAUGAAAACGGCCCAUGGCAGACCACCCAGACCUGACCACACCAGAUAUGGAAGUCUGGGUGUUGCGCAUACGGCGCGCCGCCUAGUCACUUUCCCUUGUGCCAGCAGUAAGCCGACUUUGGGCUGCACUGGGAGCAGUGACAUCCAAGCGAUAAAACCUCACAAAGCUGGGUGGUGAUGCUCAACUCGCCUUAGCACAAAUAUCUCCUAUAGUCAACCAUUUAAACAAUGCCAAAGACUCUACCAGACCCCUGGUGGAGUGGGCGAGUACACCUCUAAGUAACCCUUGCCCCCUGCUGCAAUAUGUCAGGGAGAUGGCCUCCACAAUCCAGUGGGAGAGACGCUGCUUAGGGAGCGACCUACCUCGAGCUGGAUUAGCAAGACGGAUGAAAAGCUUGCCACAUGACCGGAUAUCCUGGGUCCUUUCAAUGUACAUAUGUAAAGCUCGCACCGGACACGGCAUGUAACCUCUGUUGCUCUUCAGAAGCAAAAGGAGGAGGUGAAAAGGGAGAUGGCUGAAAAGGUAAGGACCUGUAGGACUUAGCCAUGACUUUCGUGGAGAAGGCCGCAUUUGGAUGCAACGUCACUGUGUGAGUCUGUCGUGAUCACCUUGCGGAAUACAACUCAGCCCUCUGACAAUAGCAGAGGGUCCCACCACUGGGCCAUGGCCAGUAGGCCUGACAGGGACACCCGACGCGACCGGCUUAGGCUGCGAGAUGCAUCCAGGUCAAUUGCUAGCAAUCAACAAUAGCUCCAGGGGAAUGACUCAUCACAGAAGCCAACAUCCCUCAGUAGGCGUAGGCCCAGCCGGAAUUUGGCUGAGCAGAGCUGUAACCCGGACACCACCCGAUACGGAAGUGAGUCUUGCUAGACACCCAGAAAUGGAAUGCGCUGCGAUGGAGUCAGAAAGCUAUUUUUCUGGUUUCUUAUGAAGCCUAGAGACCGAAUACGGGACAGCAUUAUGAAUGUGUGUACUGCUUGCCCCCUCGACUCAGCUGCCACCAGCCAAUUGGCUGUAAUAGCCGGCGGCUCCUGAGCAUUCUUAGUUUGUAGACUGAGGUGCUUGUUGAGGGCACGUAGGUCUAGAAUGGGAUGCGAAGUCCCGUCCCUUUUCGGAACCAGGAAAUGCCGGCUGUACCAGCCGUCCUGGAUCUUCGACAUAGGAACCGCUUGGAUUGCCUGCUUCUCGAGACUGGAGGAUAUUUCCUCCCUCAAAACAGGCGCUGAGGCCUUGGGGAAAAACCGAGGUGAUAACGCUGCAGAAGCGUGGGGGACUCACAACAAAUUGUACCGUGUGCGCUGACGUCACUGUUCGCAUGAUCCAGGGCGACAUUGCGCAUGCAUGCCAUCGGUCGGAGUAGACAGCGAGCCUCCCGUGAAGGAUGCCACCUUGUAGACUGGGAGAGAGAUUUGGUUAUUUCCACCCUUGUGUGUCUGAACGUGGAGAAGGGGCACUUCAUCGAACUCUCAUACGGGAGACAACACUUAACACCUGUGAACACUGUGGAACUCGGUUGAAAAAAAACAUUCUGUCAAGGUUUGGCUAAAGCCUGGCCCACUCUGGGUACACUGGUUCUGCCAAUCAGUGAUGUAUCCCGAUUGGCCGUGCCACUUGGGGGUAUUGUUGUCAGAACGAGCCUCAUUUGGUUUAGGCGGUAAGAUGCAUUCCGGUGACCUGGAUUGCAUACAUUAAAAAGCUCUGGAUCGCAUACAUUAAAAAAAGUUAUCAUGGAGGUUACCCUACCUACCAGUCAUGGGUACUGGCGACAAAGUGCCUUAUUGGGGGCCUCCCGAGUGGCGCAGCGGUCUAAGGCACUGCAUCGCAGUACUAGAGGUGUCACUACAGAUCCGGGUUCGAUUCCGGGCUGUGUCGCAGCCGUCCGCGACCGGGAGACCCAUGAGGCGACGCACAAUUGGCCCAGCGUCGUCCGGGGUUAGGAGAGGGUUUGGCCGGCUGGGAUGUUCUUGUCCCAUCGCGCUCUAGCGAGUCCUUGUGGCGGCCGGGCGCAUGCACGCUGACUUCGGUCACCAGCUGUACGGUGUUUCCUCCGACACAUUAGGGCAGCUGGCUUCCGGGUUAAGUGGGCAGUGUGUCUAAAAGCAGUGCGGCUUGGCGGUCGUGUUUCGGCUCUCGACCUUCGCCUCUCCCGAGUCCGUACGGGAGUUGCAGCGAUGGGACAAGACUGUAACUACCAAUUGAAUAUCAUGAAGUUUAGGAGAAAAGGGGGUAGAAAGUACAACAACAAAAAAGGACAAAACGCCUUGUCACCUAGGGGACAGGCAGCUCUGAAAAACGGACCCCUUCUGUGGUACAGACAAGGGCGAUUCAUAAUCUCAUCUAAUUCCCAGGAAUUAAAAGCGUUGAGCUGGAGAAAUACUGCUCAUUUCGGGGUUCAUGUUAACCACAGAGACUGUGUGUGGGAUAAUGGCAUGGUCGUGUCCAACCCUGCUUGUUCCCUAGACUCCGCUACCAAUCGCCUAUGGAGCCCAUAAACUGUAUCACUAGACACCUCAUAGGGACUAGUGAGCUACAGAUUAUGCAAUAAAUCCCGGUAAUGAGGCAACCAUGGGGGAGGGGUGUCCCCUUGUGGACAGGGAGCGAAUUGCCCAAAUGAUUACUCCCAGACUGAGGAGAUUGAUGUACCCCGUGAACACCAUGGAACGCGGGGCAUCAAACAUGGACAAGCUUUCAGCACACACGGACCCCUUUAAUGGGCACAGAGGGCUCCGGCAAUGGUUGACGUAGUUCCCAGUUUGCUGUAACAGUGCCCCAAAGUUCUGUUAUCGCGGUAAUGUUUUUGUGGAGCGGCGUACUGGUCGCUCAGACCCGUGCUAAGGCCCCUCGCUUCGCGGUUAUCUGAGCCAGCUGCCCAGGGGCUACUUCCUCAACGGAGGAAGCCCCGCUUUCUCUACUCCCUCCAACUCCAUGAAUUGCUGGGGGAACGCUAGUAAGCUUCAUUCACCGGAAGUUAUGCAAGCUAGCCGAACUUAGCCAGGAGGCUAUUUAGUCUAAGCUAGGCUAGUUAUCCUCUGACCGCAGCACAGCCCAUUUAGAAUAAACAAGUGACUAAAUGCUACGUAUACUAAACAAGGGAGCUACCGUGGGGAGGCAGGAAUAGCUAGUAGUAGUUAGCUCGCCUCGCUUGUUAGCUAGCAUGGUCUCAAGUCUACGGAGGACUGGAUCACCGAGGCGACACGAAUCGAUAAGCUGGCGACGAGUGCACCGGUGUUGUAUCGAUUUUCAUGGCAACUUGAAGUGUCGCCGGUGGUAGCUAACGUGGCCAUUUUCUUUUUCUUCUCUCACAUGAUUUUAUUUUGGACCCUUCUGGGAAGAGGCAAUUGGUGCUUAACCAAGGCACACAGGUGGUGGGGACAUAACCACAGAACCUGGUCGCCCUCUCUUUUCGAGUGGCCUCCCGUAACCAGCGACAGAGCACACAGGAGCCCGGAAACAUUUGACCCGACCAACAACCUAAUCCAUGAACCCGAAGCAGGCUUGUUAGUCUUCGUCUUUUCGGUCGUGUUAGCCAUCUUACUAAUUGCUUUAGCCAGGCCAAGCAAUUCUAAUAAUAACUAAUUAUUUGUGAUUAGGAAACUUAUGAGAACCAUACAAACUUCAGCACACAAUGGCCAGGGGGUGAGCACGCUCUACCACAAAGGGACAGUUUAGUUGGCGCAACGUAAGCCGGUCUCAUGUUCUAAUUGUUUUGUUUUAGUAGCGUGAAUCGUUCCUGUUCACACCAAGGUGAAGAGCGGAAUAAUUUAAGGAAUUAAUCCCCCAGCGAGGCGUGGAUUUCAUUGGCCUUGUCAGGUGUGAUUGUAGAUCCAUCAACCGAAGUUGCAAGAAUGCAACUCCCCAUAAUGUUUUACCGAAGUUGACUGACUGAUAGGGGACCUACACACACACACAUUGGAAGAAUCUCAAUUGCAUUUCCUUGAUUCCUCAAGUUUUCUCGCCUCCUUCUCAAACUCCUUUGAAUGAGAAGGUCCAUGAUCCCUCCGCUCUGACCUUCUGAUCAAAUGGGUUUUAAGGAGGAGAGGAUGUGAAGAAUCAAGGAAAUGCAAUUCAUAUUUUCCCAUUGAAACAAGGUAAACCAAGUUAAUGUCCCUGAUAAGCCAACUACCUAAUCAGUACACUUCUGAGCUUUCUCCAGACGGUAAGGGGGCCAAUCUCAAAUGUAUCUCCUUGAUUCCUUGUGUGCGCUCUUCUCACCUCUUUAUCAAAACACAUUGAAUGAGAAGGUCAGAGGAGGAGGAAGCAAGGAAUUAAUCAAGUAUGGGUAGCUGCAGACCAGUAUGCCGACCAGAGUAUGGGCGAGUGGGUGUGUUGAAAGGAGUGGGUGUAUGGAAAGGGAAUCAGCUAAUUGGGCAGAUUUAUUGCCACUCAAGACCGUUUUGCGUGGCUGAUUGGGCUGCACGAUGAGUCGAUAAGCCGGCGACCAGUGCACCAGUGUUGUAUCGACGUGCUUCCUACUGGGUAUCACGGUCAUGUCGCCGGCAGUAGCUAACGUGGCCAUUUUAGUUUUUUUCUCUCGCAUGAUAUUUCAAGUAGGAUAGCAGCCUACACAAGAAUAACUAAUAUUGAUUGCCACCUUGAUACAUAGUCUACUACUCAAUGGGGAGGGCAUGAAUGGCAACACCGGGACACAGUGCCCUUCACUCCCGCUUGACAUGCACUGUCUGGCAACAGGGUGGGAAGUAACUACGUAGUAGCAAAUAUUAGGGUGACAGUCCACAGUAAGCACAUGCAUACAACGCGUGACGCAACAGUAUACCCAUCAUCAAUACUUAUAGUAAAAAAUAAACAAUUGUCAGUUGAAUAACUGAAAAUGUACAAUUACAUGUAAAACUAACAGUGAAAUACAACGGACUCAUCCUCUGGCUUAAAAACAGAAGUCCAAACUCUCGCAGAGUCCUUUCGACACGCCCACUCCGUACCGUUGACACGCCCACUCCGUACCGUUGACACGCCCACUCAUUACCUUUGACACGCCCACUCCUUACAUUCGACACGCCCACUCCUUACCUUUGACACGCCCACUCCUUACCUUUUAGACACGCCCACUCGCCCAUACUACGGUCACAAUAUUGGGAUGCCGCUACCCCCUUCUCAGUGUUUCUCUCUUUCUCCUAUAGAGUAUUAUUAAUAGUAAAAACGUUGAAUUGGAGGAUCACGACAAGAGCAAAACCUUUGUUCAGAAGUAUGAAAAAGAAUUGAGACAUUUCGGUGAGUGACAGGUUUAAUCUACCGCUUGUCAUGGUUUAAUAUUGAAUGAUGCAGCAGAUCCAUGCAUUGUGAUAGCUGAUGAUGUCCCUCUAUAGUAGGUGCUGAGGGUGGAUGUGGUAUUGGUCCAAUGUGUCUCCAUUGUGAUUGGUCAGGCAUGUUGCGGAGGUGGGAUGACAGCCAGCGCUUCCUGUCUGACCUGCACCACCUCAUCUGUGAGGAGACGGCCAACUAUCUGAUCCUCUGGUGCUUCAGACUUCAGGCUGAAGAGGUCAGAACAAUCACACACUCACACUGUCCUGUGAAUGUAUUUGCUGUUAGUAUUUGAUACUAUAUAUUUUAUCUAAAAGCCAAUAUCAGCCGGCCAUAUGUUUCCUGUUCAGGGUUAAUGUAUAAACUAUUACUACUGACAGACGGAUCUAACUCUUGUGAAAAGGCCAGACUGAUCCUACCCCUUCACAAUCUUUCUAACUAAUUCAAUUUCUGAGUGAGCAAUUGUAUAGUUAUGACUAUGGGUGACCUAUGUUAGAGGUUCUAUCCUGUUCCCUUUCUCCUGACUAUAUGUUUUACAGUUCAUGUUUACAAACAUUUACUUAUAGUAUAGCCUACACAGACUUGAUUUGUGUUUAUACAGAUGAAUUCACAUUUUUCCCCACUUUGAUAUAUUCAACCACAGAAAGAGGCGUUGAUGGAGCAGGUAGCUCACCAGGCUGUUGCUAUGCAGUUUAUCCUGGAGAUGGCCAGCACCUCCCAGCAGGAUCCCAGAGGCUGCUUCCGUCAGUUCUUCAACAAAGCCAAAGUAGGCAUCGAGCUAUCCUGGUCUGUCUGCUGAGUCACGGUUAAGUCAUUAUACCACACCAGGCACCCUACGAAUGGGCUGAAAUCAAUCCCUAUUCCUUAUAUAAUAGUGCACUACUUUUGACCAAGGGCUUACGUAGGGCUUUUGUCAAAAGUAGUGCACUAUAAAGUGAACAGGAUCCUAUUUGAGGCAUCUUAAGACUAGCAAAGGAUCUGUAAUUUUAAUUUAAGUUCACCCACCAUAUAACCAGUUGUUAUUGAUAAGCUAGGUUGAGGAGUGAUCAAAUGUUUUAAUGUGUGAUUUAAUGAUAAAACUUGUCCAAAUAUUUUGACUGAUUUUGUUAUUAUUGAAUGUUGUUAUGUAACUAACGUGUCAUUCACUAAAAAUAGUUUGCUGGAGGAAGGAAGGUGUACAGACAGUGAUGUAAUGUGUCAGAUGACCACUAGAGAGAGACAGGAGUCACGACAGACUCCUACAACACGGCAAUGAUAUACAGAUACAUGCUUUCAUGCCAAAACAUUGUUGCUUUCAUGUCAAAACAUUGUAAGCAUUUCUGUAUGGUUGCCAGUCUUUUACAUAUUGAUAUGAAAAAAAUGUAUGCACUCACUAACUACGUCGCUCUGGAUAAGAGCGUCUGCUAAAUGACUAAAAUGUAAAUUAUAUGAUUUUAAGAGGCUGCAUGGUUUAAUUCCAAAAUAUUUGUUGCUUUUCUCAGCCGUAAGCAUUUAUCUAUAGCUGAAUAACACACUCUUAAUAUAAGCCAUUUUAGAAAACACUUUUUACAUCAUAGUUAUGAUUCCAAGUUCCUCUUGUCAACUGAGGAUGAUUAAGGAAGUAAGUCUCUAAUACCGUUGUCAUUUUUUCCCCAUGUAAGGCAGGACAAGAGGGGUACUUAAACGUCUUCUAUACUGAGCUAGAGGCCUUUAAGCAGAGAGUAAAAGAGUACACCGUCAAGUUCAAAGGAGCGACACUCUCCGACACACAACACCAGAGCAGUACAGCACGCUGUCGUCUGGAUCCCAAAGAGGUUCUAGAAUCUUUACCCCCAGUGAGUAUUCUAAAUUACAUCUUCGAAUUUUUGACAUGCACCUUUAUGGUAACAAUUUAAUAUAGGGUAUUCUGAUAUAGUACAGUAUAGGUUCUGAUAUAUUCAGUAUAUGACUCUUUCUACCAUUCUGGAACAGGAACUGAAGGCAGGGUUCCAGCUGCAAGAUAUGCAGAUUCUCCAGAAUGUUCUCAGCACCAUGAAUCCACAGGUAAUGGCUACAGUUCUCUCCUCAGUUUUCUUAGUAGACUGACUACAGAGUCAGACACGUACUGUACAUGAGAAUCAGAUCUGUUUAUUCAGCCACACUAUUAUUUGUUGAUAACUAUUAGUUAAUUACUCCUAUGCCAAUUGAUACCACAUGUACAAGGUAUAAUCUUGAAACUUAGAAAAAUGUCAGCUAUACUGUGAGAGGGGCCUUAUUUCUUACAUGUAUUUCUUAUAUAAACAUUGAGUUAAAAUAUGGAAAUAUAUCCCAAGAGCCCAAGUUAAUGUUCAAGCCGUGCGCUCUAAUUUACGAAAGUAAAUUAACAUUCAGUGCGUUCCUCUAGAACAGAAUUCCUUCCUGGAGAGAGGGAGAGGAAAAGAGAGGAAGAGAGUGAAAGAAUAUCACCCCCAACUGGCCCUCCGAAGCCUGACUCCAUGUCAAAUCCUAAAAGAGAGUGAAAAGAGGAAAUGAAACAAAUGUCAUGUCCUCUCCUCCUCCACAAAUAACACUUAGUUAGCAGUUGGGGCCUGGUUGGAACUCUAGAUGUGGGCCAAUGAACGCAGAAGAGAAACUCCUGUUACAUAAGCAUUAUAAUCUGCUUGGGCAGCUCAGUGGGUUAAUCCCAUUAUGUCCCACAUGGCACCCUAUUCCCUAUAUAGUGCACUACUUUUGAUCAGGACCCAUUCAAAAGUAGUGCACUAUAAAGGGAAUAGGGUGCCAUUUGGUACAUAUCCCAUGUACAUUCACUCAGAGCAGCUCAGACAGGUCUAGUCUCCAACCCUCUCCCCCACAGUAUCACUAAGCACUGGGCCUAUUUCACAAAGUGUUCCAGAGUAAGAGUGCUGCUGGUGUAGGAUCAAUUUGCCUCUUAGAUCAUAAUAAAUAUGAUUCUAUGGACAGGGGGUAGGGAGCUGAUCCUGGAUGAAAACAUUUCAGAAAAGGUCUUAGGAAUCCUGUUAAAACCUGUUUUUUAAGACUAAAAAAGUUUUUGGAUGAUGUUAAGACACUUCCCAGACAAACUCUGAGGCAGGAGUAAAAUCAACUCAUAAAGGUUUAUAAUCACAACAGUUUGAGGUACCGCAAAGGAAAGAUGGUGAUGACGCUCAUUGACAUUGUUGCAAAUGAUGGAGAAUAACCAAUUGCGACGAGCCCUCGCCAGCUGUGAACUCGCUUCAGACAACCACGGUGAAUGUGACGGUACAUCAAAUGUUGCAAUGAUAAAUGUUUGAUAUAACUUUCGCCUGACACGAUCACUUUGCCUACUGUUAAUUAUUGCCUAAUAUGGUGGCAUGCAUAACCUUUCUUUAACCAAUUCUGAUGGUUGUUAAAAGUAGAAUUUUGACAAUAUUACUGUUCUAUCAACACACUCAUCACUCCUGUUUUUUGGUCCUCUGUAGCUCAGCUGGUAGAGCAUGGCGCUUGUAACGCCAGGGUAGUGGGUUCGAUCCCCAGGACCACCCAUACGUAAAAAUGUAUGCACACAUGACUGUAAGUCGCUUUGGAUAUAUAUUAUAUUAUUAUAACAACUCUAAAUCGCUUUGGCACAGUAGGCAUCAAGUCACUUGCAGAUUGUGUUGCAUGCAACGUUUCAAAGAUCUAUCAUUUCCAUCUAACACAAUCAAAGUUAACAUAAGCCCUAGAUGCCUUCAAUUGCCCAAAUUAUAGGCAUGCCCAAUGUAGGCAUAUUUUUUUAACGUGUUGUUGCACUCCAAAGGAACUGGAAAUAACAUGAUGUAGGUAAUUAAAUAAUCUAAGGAGAAAAAAAAAGUAUAUUACCCUAGUGGUUAUAAGUAUUUAGGCAUGUCAUGUGAAAUAGGCCUCAAGUUAAAUCACUUUCAAAAGCGUAAGAGAUACUGUUGCAUGUAGGUGUAGAUUAUUAAUGGAUUGAUCAUAACAAAACUGAAAUAUAAAAAUCAACUCCAAAGCAAUUGCAUGUGGCCAGGGUUGUGGGUUCGAUUCCCACGGGGGGGCCAGUAUGAAAAAUGUAUGCACUCCCUAACUGUAAGUCACUCUGGAUAAGAGUGUCUGCUAAAUGACUAAAAUGUAAAAUAUAAAUGCUAUAUAAAUGACGUCAGAGCUCAGGGUCUCCACUUCACGGCUCUGUAGCGUUUUGACUGACAGCUGAUCUGAACUUGAGCACCGCACGCAACAAGAAGUCCCCCCCCCCCCAUCCCCCCCAUCCCCCCCCCCCCCCAUCCCUCCCACUAAUUGGGCAACUUUAGCACAUUUUUUGUCUUAGUGAGGGAAAUGCUGUAAAUUAAGAGGACUCAAUGUAUUUUUCGAAAGAUGAGAUGUUGAGGAUGAUAAUAAAUACUGCUUUGAUGUCAUAUGAGCCAAACACCCGUUAAUCCAAAUGUGCACUUCACAUUUCCAUAUCAUAAAACUCAUGUCAUAUACAGUGUCAACGUUUAUGAUCACCAUUUGAUCCAAGAUGACAUGGUGUCAUUCCCUGGGUUGUUCUGAACAGAAUGAGCCUAUGUUUCUUUAUGUAAGGAGUUUUCCGCGGCACACGCACCUGAAUGCACUCAUGACUCCUUUCUAUGUGCUCCAAAAUGAUUAUAUUUUUCCCUGAAUUGUAUUGUGAAAGCUGAACACAAAUAUCAUAUUUUAUAACUUAGCUAGUCAUGUUGGCAAUAGAACAAGCUUUUAAAUUAUGCCUACCUGACCCAGAUUGUGAUUUUAUGAUGGACCGUUUUUAGAUCGCAUAAACAUCAACAGUCGUUCUGUGAUUGUGGGGAUGCAGGGUUGUGUCCAAACAAAACAACUACUAGUGCGUUUGCCCUAGUUCCUAAAUGGUCCAGCUAUGAGAGCAAAAAAGCACUUUAUAAUUGAAGAAUCUUCUUUGAGCCAUAAAAGUGCAUUUAAAUUACUUCAGAACAAAUUCUUAUUUACAAUGACGGCCUACACCGGCCAAACCCGGUUGACGCUGUGCAAAUUGUGCGCCGCCCUAUGGGACUCCCAAUCACGGCCGGUUGUGAUACAGCCUGGAAUCGAACCAGGGGGUCUGUAGUGAUGCCUCAAGCACUGAGAUGCAGUGCCUUAGACCUUUCAGUUUAGCCCUAUCCAUAUAGGCCAAUUCCCACGAGUGUAAACGGGUUAACUGGUUAGGACAGCUCAAGAGGUCUCCUAAAUAUCUGUCUACAAGGUGAGACUCUUAUGACAUGCAUAGCUUUUAUUUUUACCCAUAAGAGUAAAAUGUCUCUCCUCAGAACUUAUGACCAAUUUUCUACUCUGAGGCGUGGAUACGGGCCCAGCACUCCUAUUCCGAGAUGGUUGUUGAAUACGGGUCCUGAUGAGUGCUGCUGAAAGGUGUUAGUGUCAAGAUGCCCCACAGAGCAGGUGGAUUAUGGUCCUAUACUACACUUCCCAGGGGGCAUAGUGUUUGGAACAGGCAACCUUAGAACUAACACACACAGAUUAAUUAAUCAAAUUGUAUAAGGGUGUCUGUUUCUUCUUUAGAUUACAGAGUUAUGGUUUAUAGCAUUUUUUUUUUUUUUUUUUUGAAUUCUCUCAUGAGUUGAAGUUGCUCUUUCAUUGUCCCUGUCUGGUUGUACCACCAGGUGGCAGAGUACCAUGUGAAGCGUUGUCUGGAGGCUGGCUUGUGGACUAACAAAGAAGGGAGAUGGUCCAAGGAGGAAGUUACUUCAGAAACAGACGACCUGCGCAUGAUGGAGACAUAA